CUACCGUAGACACCGUAAUAUGACGUCAGCGGCAUACAUAUAACACGAGAAGUUUAAAACAAACAACAAUCGUUUUGUAUUGUACAGUGUCCUCCCUUUGUACAAUCUAACCGUGUGACUCUGUCAAACAACGUAUUUUUAAUUUUUUUGUCACAUGUGUAUUCUUUCAACAUAGUUGGGGGUGAGAGUUCAGUAAACACUGAUGAUGUCAUCAUCUGAAGAUGGCUGAAGGAGAAGGCUGGUGGGGAGGCUGGCUUCAACAAAGCUUCCAGGCCGUCAAAGACAAGUCAUCUGAGGCCUUAGAAUUUAUCAAACGAGACUUGACGGAGUUCUCCACUGUGGUUCAGCAUGACACGGCCUGUUCAAUUGUGGCCACAGCCACUGCUGUCAAAAACAAGCUUGCGGUGGAAGGCUCAUCAGAGACCACAGAAAAGGUGAAAAAGAGCCUCUCUAGUUUCUUAGGAGUCAUAACAGACACACUUGCUCCACCCCCUGAUAAAACCAUCGACUGUGAUGUUAUCACAUUGGUGGCGACACCAGCAGGAACUACAGAAGUAUAUGACAGCUCAAAGGCACGUCUCUACAGUCUGCAGGCUGACCCAGCCACAUACUGCAAUGAGCCCGAUGGCCCCCCAGAGCAAUUUGACAACUGGCUGGCAACAUUCAGUAUGGAGGAUAAGAAAGGACAAAUUUCUGAGCUUUUGGUCAGCAGUCCCUCAAUACGAGCACUUUACACCAAAAUGGUCCCAGCAGCCGUGACCCAUACGGAGUUCUGGCAGAGGUACUUCUACAAAGUCUUCCAGCUAGAUCAGGAGGAGGCACGGCGAGUGGCGCUGAAGCAGAGGGCAGAACAGACUUCCCACACCGAGACGCUUGACUGGGAGGAGGAGGAUGACUUUCUCGGCACCACGUCAUCAUCUCGUCUCAACCUCAAGCCCCCAUUGGACAAUGGCUCAACCCAGGCCUCUGCAACAACCACGCACCUUACUCCCAUGCUGUCUCCGAGCGAGGAGCGUGACACCACACCCUCAGUUAGCAGCGACAGUGUCAGCCUGCCAACGCAGGUGGAAGUGCGGCCAGAGUCCGUGGUGCCAAUACUGGCAAAGAAGCUGACAGAGGUCACUGUGGACGAUGUUGCAGACAAGACGAAAAAACUCCAACAGCCUGCGCAGAGUGUCGUGGCUCCUGAUGCCCAAGUGGAAGUUGGAAACCCGCAAGAGGUCAUUGUGGAUGGGGUGUCAGCAAGGACCCCAAAAAUGGAGGCUACAAAGGAGGAGGCUCCACAAGACCUGAGAGUGUUUGAGCUCAACUCUGACAGUGGGAAGUCAACACCUUCUAAUAAUGGCAAGAAAGGCUCCAGCACUGAUGUGAGCGAGGACUGGGAGAAAGACUUUGAUCUGGACAUGACAGAAGAAGAAGUGCAGCUGGCACUGUCUAAAAUUGAAGCAUCUGGAGAGCAGUUGGAAGAAGACUGGGAGAACUGGGAAUGAGAGCUUCUGCAGCACCAACCACGAUCCCCCCGCCAUACAAGCUUGUUCUCGUCCGAUGAACCAUGCUUAACAUAUUUUGUCCACACAGUCACCUUGUCAUGAUUGUCAGUUGGAGAUUUUCCAGCUAGUUUGGCAAACCUGUUGUAAAGAGAGCGACAGGAAGAACAAGGCGAUACAAAUAAGGCCUUCAGCUGUCAGUUUAGCGCCUCAAAGUGAGAAAAUGUCCCGGGCCCUAUUUCGUUGAGGAACUUCAGACUGGGAGAGUUUAUCACACCAUUAGUGCAGGUCGUAGUCAGGAGGAGGUCUCAUCUCAACAAGGGAGCAACCGUUGCCUCUUUUUUUUCUUUACAGUAUAAUACGAUCAUGUAUGUUUGUUGCAUACAAAAAUAAUGUCAAUGUGCUGCAGUUGACCUAUGCCCACCUUCUUCACUCUGGCUUAUUAUAAGCAAAUUCUCCAAAAAAAAGGUCUAAUCAAGGAUCUUUUUUUGUAGCAUAGGCAUCUGUUGUCAUUUGAUGAAUUAGAAUACAGUAUCUUGUUGCAGGCUAUGUUUUUGUACUUCAAACACUGUCUUAUUCAUCUGUCUGGUAAAUAUGAUAACAUAGCAGCAGUCACGCUCACAAAUCAUUUUAGUUUCUCAGGUGGCUUGUGGAAUAAAAAUGGGAGCAUGCCCCAUGCAAUGAUUAUCUGUUAUCUGAAAAAUAAAUCUAGAUGUAAUAUUUAUAGAAAAUUAUUAUCUGCUUUGGAUUGCAUGUUUGCAAUAACAUGCAAAACAACUUGAGUUUUUAUGUUUGGUUGCAUGUCUAAACAGCCUUGUACAUCUGUCAGACUCACUGAGCUUUUCUGCACAAUUUUGUCUGUCACAUGAAUACUUCUGAGGUCACUUUUGCCAUUAAACAUUACAUGGCGUA